CUUUUUUUCUUUUACACACAGGUUUUGGAUGGAUUGCUAGCUCAGUAUGGUACUGUGGAAAACUGUGAACAAGUGAAUACAGACAGCGAGACAGCGGUUGUCAAUGUCACCUACUCCAACCGAGAACAGACCAGGCAAGCCAUCAUGAAGCUUAAUGGACAUCAACUGGAAAAUCAUGCACUGAAGGUUUCCUACAUCCCUGAUGAACAAACUGUGCAAGGCGCGGAGAAUGGGCGUCGAGGAGGUUUUGGGAACCGGGGUGCCCCCAGGCAGGGUUCUCCCGUGGCUUCAGGAGCCCCUGUGAAGCAACAGCCAGUAGACAUCCCCCUCCGGCUUCUUGUUCCCACCCAGUAUGUGGGAGCUAUUAUUGGCAAAGAAGGAGCCACCAUCCGCAACAUAACCAAGCAGACUCAGUCCAAAAUUGAUGUGCACCGGAAGGAAAAUGCUGGGGCAGCAGAGAAAGCGAUAAGCAUCCAUUCAACCCCAGAGGGCUGCUCUGCUGCUUGCAAGAUGAUCUUGGAAAUCAUGCAGAAAGAGGCAAAGGAUACUAAAACUGCUGAUGAAGUGCCUUUGAAAAUUCUAGCCCAUAACAACUUUGUGGGACGUCUGAUUGGCAAAGAGGGCCGGAACCUGAAGAAGGUGGAGCAGGACACAGAAACAAAGAUCACCAUCUCCUCGCUGCAGGACUUGACACUGUAUAACCCUGAAAGGACCAUCACCGUCAAGGGCUCAAUUGAGAACUGCUGCCGAGCCGAGCAAGAAAUCAUGAAGAAAGUGAGGGAAGCCUAUGAGAAUGAUGUGGCAGCUAUGAGUCUACAGUCACACCUGAUACCUGGCCUCAACCUAGCUGCUGUUGGCCUCUUCCCUGCCUCUUCCAAUGCAGUGCCACCUCCUCCAAGUAGUGUUUCUGGGGCAGCACCAUACAGUUCUUUUCUGCCUCCUGAGCAAGAAACGGUGCAUGUCUUUAUCCCUGCCCAGGCGGUGGGUGCGAUCAUCGGCAAGAAAGGGCAGCAUAUCAAGCAGCUUUCCAGAUUCGCAAGUGCCUCUAUCAAGAUUGCUCCUGCAGAGACACCGGAUUCCAAAGUGCGAAUGGUGAUAAUCACUGGACCACCAGAAGCCCAAUUCAAGGCUCAGGGGCGAAUUUAUGGAAAGCUUAAAGAGGAGAACUUUUUUGGGCCCAAAGAAGAAGUGAAGCUGGAGACCCAUAUCCGAGUCCCUGCUUCAGCUGCAGGGAGAGUCAUUGGAAAAGGAGGGAAAACGGUUAAUGAGCUGCAGAACCUGACGGCAGCUGAGGUUGUUGUCCCACGGGACCAAACCCCUGAUGAGAAUGAGCAAGUCAUUGUCAAGAUCAUCGGGCAUUUCUAUGCCAGCCAAAUGGCGCAACGCAAAAUACGUGAUAUCCUCGCUCAGGUGAAACAGCAGCAUCAGAAGGGACAGAACAGCCAGACACAAGCACGAAGGAAAUAGGAAUUUGCUUUACCCCAGUGUGUGAGAGAAAAAGAGAGAGUGAGAGAGAGAAAGAGAGAGAGAGAGAGAGAUGGACAAACAAACGAACGAACGACAUUGACAACGGAUGAAACAAAGCCAAGCAGAAAGAGUGAUGAGCUGAUGCAGAAACCCUAAGAGUGGCUGGGAAUCAGUUUACCAUAGGCGGGUAUUAGGAAUUAUUUUGUGUAGACGGGUGACUUUACGUCUCUUGAGCCAAAGCAGUUUUGAUUGGCUCCUCAGGCAUGCUUUCUGUGUGUGCAUGCGCAUGUGUCGCUUUGCAUAUGUGCAUGCAAACCACACACAGAUAUAUAUGUUAGGGGUGAAUCUUAGAUCAGCCAAUUGGGUAAAAGAAUUCUAAUCCAACCCCAUAGUCUGAAAAACACUGUGCAGUAUUUCUGGGAUUGUCCAGAGGGGCAGGAAUGAUCACACAUGCAACUUGCUGUGCCUUUACCAGAACAAGGGCAGAGAAAAGGGCCAUUUGGAAACCCUCAAUCCUUCCUACACCCAAUGCAAAUAGUUCAAGGUUUUGUUUGGAUAUCCAAUACCAUUACACCCCAUCACCAAAGAAAGCACCCGGUUUUCCAGUUGGCAAGGGAAGAAAAUUGAGGAGCACCGGAUUUUUGAGGGUGGCUUUCUCAAAUUUUAGAAAGAUUUGUUAGCCAGAAUGGCUAAAGAUGAUGGGGAUUGUAGUCCAGCACAUUAGAAGGGCAUAUGUUUGGGAAAAUCUUUCACAUUGGAUUCUAGGGAAACACUAAUCUUAAACUGACAAUUGUGAAAACCGGUCAGAGUCCCUCUACGGAGAUUGAGAAGAUCGGGAUAUAAAAGUUUUAAAUAAAUAAAUAAAUAAAUAGUGCACUGUUGUACAAACUGGUUAUUUGGAUUUUUCCCCCAGUAGCCGUGUCUCCACAAAGAUCGGCUGUAUAAUAUUUUGACCCCAACUACCCAAUAUGUGUUGCACCAGAUACUUGAGCUGCCAUGGUCUCUGUAGUGAAAUCAGCCUACGGAUGUGAUUGCAAAGUAGAAUUGGUCAAUACAGACAUCUCACCAAA